CUCUUUCUCUUUAAAGUCUUGAAUCAUCUUAUGUCACGAGUUUCCUCGGGUUCCUUUUCUCUCUCUCUGUUUCUAAAAUCUAAUUCGCUCAAACCAAACAUUGAACAUUACCCUUCUCUCAUUUAAAGCCCUUCCAUUUUUUCUUUCUUUCUUUCUUUUUAAAUUUUUUUCAUUCUCACUCCAUUAAAACACACACACACACUCUUUCUCUCUCUUCUUGUCCCUGUUUAUAUGCCAUCUCUUCUCCAUUGAAGCCAGCAAUUUUCUUUUCUAUCCCUCUCCUUUUCUCUUCUUCUUCACUUUCCUUCUGGUUUCAUUUGAUUCUCUACCCAAUCUCCACAAACGAUCACACACGCACGAAUUAAAAUAAUAAUAAUAAUAAUAAUAAAGAAAGAACAAAAGGUUUCAUCUUUAUUCUCUUGUAUGCUUUAUUCCCUAUUCUUCCUUUCUUUCUUCCCUCAGUCUCUCUUAUUAUAUAUUUCUUGAAGGGUUUUUGUGUUCUUUCUUAAAUAAAAAAGCAUGGGUUUUUCAGGUAAGACUCAAGUGGAUAAUGGGUUGGAAUUGGAUUCUAAAAAAUGGGUUAUUGCUGGGAUUCCUUUGAGAGCUCCUUUAAAGCCAAUAUAUACCAAGCCUGUAGUGGAGAAAGAGAGUGAUCAAAACGACGAGUGUUCAACGACCCCGACCAGUGAACAAGCUAGAACUCCGGCUAGACUAAUGUGUCCUCCGGCUCCAAAGAAGCGAAAGGCGACUUUGAAAUGUAAUUAUAGUAACAGAGAGUUUUUUAUUCCUCCUGAUUUGGAAACUGUUUUUAUACGCCAUGUUGAAAGGGCUAGCUAAUCAUUUGUCAAGUUUCUGUUACUUAGGUGUUCUUUUCCUUUCUUUCUUCAUUUUUUUUUUAAUUUGUUUUUUGCGUUUCUUUAUAGUACCUUAGUUUCUUAGUUUCUCUUUUUUCUUUUUUCUUUUCCUCCCGGGUUCGAGUUAGGGCACUUUUUAAUAGUUUUUAGAAUCGAGCUUUUCUGUACAGGUUUGUAUCAGUAAAUAAAAGCUGCAAUUUUAGCUUUGCUUUAGAAA